CUGUUUGUUGUUUCCCCUGGCUUCUUAUUUUUCUUCAUCUUGCUCGUCAUCUCACGUUCUUUCCCUCCCUUUCCUCGUUGCUACGUGCGUGACCCUUCAUGCCCGCCAUCUCCCCCCUCAGCUAUCUCCCGACCAUAUAAUCUCUCUCUCUCUUUCUUUCUUUAUUAACCUCCUGCCUGGGUCGCAUUGGGUCGUUUAAUCGCUUAAUCAAUUAAUCUUCAACAACCACCCGACCCUCACCUUUCUUCUUUCCUUUCUGUCGACUGCCCAGCCAAAAUGUAUCCAACAAGAACGACCUCGCUCGACCUGAACUACUUAAAUCAGCAAUUGCUUCCCCGCCGCUACGAAUCAGAGGAGGAGGAGGCUUCGGAAUCAGAACUGGGGACCUGCGAUCAUGCAUUCUCGCCCGUCAAGUCAGGCGCUCCCUUUGACGCCGAGUCAAGCGCCGAUGACCUCUCCAACAUGAACUCCCCCGAGUCUCCCCUGGACAACUCCGCGUUCGGUCGGCUGCUGCCGGCUUACUCGUCAGGCAAACAAAGUCGGCCUGUGUCUAUCGACACCGUCAAGCGAAGCAGCGGAACGACAUUGGUUCCGGAUUCGUACAUCUUCGAUGAUGACGACGAUGUAAUCAUCGAGCUGCCUUCCCCUGACUCUACGUCCCCGUUGCAGUCUCCCAUCUUCCUUCAGCCAACCGUCUACCAGCCCCCGGCGUCUCCCCUCCCUCAAGAUCCGGCACGGUCUUCUUCCCCGGCCUUGGCGGACUCGGAUGAUGAGACAGACGUGCUCGUGGCAGAGCAGGUCACCUUCGUGGAACCUCAUACCAAACCUAAUCUAAUCCUAAUCAGCCCCGUCACCGACGGACCUGUGGUUGAAGAACCCGAGCCCAUGUCUGCGGUCUCUGCAGAUGUACCACGCCCCUUCGCAUCUGGAGGACUGUACUCCCUCAACGAGUGCGCUAGAUCACAGCCGUUACUGAGUGACAAACGCCCCGACCAUCUGGCCCACCUGAAGCGCGGCAGUCUGCAGUUGAACACCAAAUUCGCGAGACAGACUCCCAAGCGGUCGGAUACGGAUCCUUUCACGGCCCCAGCCCUUCCGGACGUUCCUGAGGCCUCCCAGCCGAUGGCCUUGCGCUCGCGAUCUAUGACUUGGAACCGACCACAGACUUCCGCUGAAGGCGCAUCGAACCGCGGACCCAAAGCGGGUCUCCGCCGCCCGCCGUCGAUGCAGACUGUCAGCAGCGGUUACGGGAUCUUUCCGAGCGCCAAACGACCCGGUUAUCCCACCGAGGAGUUCCACGCCCGAUCCAGCUCGAUGUCUUACUCCAUCGCCAGCUCCGACUACAGCCUCCCUCCGUCUCGCACGUCAAGCCCGGCCCCGUACUACUCGUCUCCGACCUUCAACCGGCACCGCUCCGGCUCAUCCUACAGCGUGUCCAGCGUGCCGGGCACGUUCCCGCCGCGGCCUCCCGUGCGCAACUCGGUCAUGAAAUGCUCGACGCCAGCCAGCCUGUACUCCUCCAGCAGUCUGCGGUCGGAGGUGGAGAGCGUCCACAGCGUGGAACCGCGGGAUGUCGCCCAGCCGGACGCCAAGACGGCACGGCGGAAGAAGAGUUUUCGACGCAGCAAACACGCGAAGAUCGAGGACUCGGAGGAGCAAACGACCAAGAGUUUCAUGGGCUUCUUACGCAGCCGGAGAAAGUCUGCCAUUCAGAAAUAAUGCCUAAUCUGCAGAAUUUUGGGGCUAGUGUUUCGUGUUUAUUUUGUUUUAUACCUUUCUGGGAAAAUUGUCCACGGCUGUCUUUCAACGGAGUUUUCGAUUAGCGAGGGAUUAUGGUCUGGUUUUUCUUUGGCGCCUUUUGGGUCGUUUACUGCACUGGAUGCGUGUUUCUCAUAUCUUAUC